AUGCCACAAGAUAAUCCUUUUGAAAUUCCAGCGACAUCAUCGUCUGAUGUUGGAUUAACGAGAGACUCUACAUUCAUGAACCAACAAGAUCCAUCACCAUCAACAACAACAACAACAACAAAUUUACUUUUAUCCAAGACUCCAUCAUCUCUAAAAACUAAAAAAGUUAAAUCAAGACAAUUAGGUUUAUCUAUAACAGCACCAUCUUCAGAUCAAUAUCCAGAAGAAGAUCCUGCAGGAAUGGGAGAUGAAAUUCCAUCCUUCCUACUUGAUGAACAAUCUGCUGCCAUUGUACAACCUGGUAAAGUUAUUAGUACUAUCGGAACACUUCCAACAUCAUCUUCAAGUCCAAUUCCUGUUAGACUUUUGUCUAAUUUGAGUUUGAAUGACAAGAGACCUUCCUCGAGCGUUUCUUCUCCUUCAUCAUCUAUAGCCGAUAAUUUUAAUAAUAUUGCUAAUAAUACAACAACAAGUGUACAAGUAACACCACUUCGUAUGUCUAGGAAAGGUACAUCUGACGUAAAAAAGAAGAAAGGUCCUAUGUUGAAAUUGGAAGUACCAGUUAAAACAAAAUUAGCAAACGAGUUUACAGUAUCACAUAGCGGUACCUGGAAAGCAGAGGAUAUUUUGAUUGGAAGAGGAGGAUUGAUUUCUGAAAAAUUGGAUUCUGCAACUACAACACCAAGUUCGAGUGAAAAUCUAUCAGUAUCAGAACUUCAUAGUGCCAAUAGCAGUUCAUCAAUAACACCACUGUCAGGAACUAGUGAAGCCUUUUCUCCAAUUGGAGAAGUGACCAGAGGUUCAAAGAAAAUUGCCUACGAGGAUUUGAAGAUUUAUAAAACAAAAUUGGGAGAAGGUGCAAGUGGAAAAGUAUAUAGAGCACAUUUGAAAAACGACAAGACUCAACAAUUUGCACUCAAAGUUAUUGAUAUUUAUGCUGAAAAUGUAACACCAAAACAAAUUUUAUCGGAAAUCAAGUCACUUUGUGACUCUGUACAGUGUGAUAAUAUUGUUAAAUUUUAUGAAGCCUAUCACAGAGAAGGAUCUAUCCGUAUUUUGAUGGAAUAUAUGAAUUGUGGAGCUCUUGAUGACAUUUAUAGAACUACUGGUAGCAUUCCAGAAGAUGUAUUAAGUGAAAUUUCUUUCCAAAUUCUCAAAGCUCUCGCCUAUCUAGCUGAAAAAGGUGUUAUUCACAGAGAUAUCAAACCAGCUAAUGUAUUGUUAAAUAAGAAUGGUGUGACUAAACUCACCGAUUUUGGCAUGUCAAAUCAAAACUUGAAAUCCAAAGACUUUAAGACUUUCCAAGGAACUUUUUACUACAUGUCUCCUGAGAGAUUGAAGGGAUUAACACAUAGUGUUGACAGUGAUAUUUGGAGUGUUGGUGUUUUAAUAGCAGAAUGUGCAAUAGGAGGACUUCCAUUUACCAAAGGUGCUGAAGUAUCAGUUUGGACAUUAUUGAAACACGUACAAUCCAAUCCAGAGGUUGUGACAAUCAAACCUGGUGAGGUUUCUGAUGAAUUCUUUGAUUUUAUUCACAAAUGUAUGGAAGAGGAACCAAUCAAUAGACCUUCUGCCAAACAAUUAUUGAACCAUCCAUACAUUAAAAAGUACAUCAAAGAUCAAGAUAAUUUCAAACCAGUAAGAACUGCUAAAUGGUUGAAAGAAGUUUACCUUCCAAAAAAGAAAGAGAAAGAAGAACAGAAAAACUUGGAUUUCAAUACCUUGUCAGACAUUGUAACAAAUUCUUUCCAGCUAAAGCAAUAA